UUUUAAAGCAUGGCGAGGAAAUCAAAACAAGUUCAUCAUCUGUUCAUCUGUCUUCGUAAAAUUCAAACAAUUCAACCUGACUGAAUAAGUAAAUACUUGGGAUACAUAUAACAAAGUAUAAGAGUAAGGUGCAAGGCAAAGCUGAAAAAUGGAUCUAGUGGAUGACUUUUUUGACUCGAUUCCUUGGGACAAGCUGAAGAAUCAAUCGACAAAGGUUCCAAUAUCGGAGGAGUGCAGAAAGUUUCUUGAUUCUUUCAUAAAGAAGAAAGAACCAAAUCCAAACACUGAAGCAAAAGAAACAACAACUAUUACUAAUUGUAAGACACAGGCACAUCCUCCUGCAAGUAAUAGUGUUGAUGCUGGACCCACCAAACCGUACUUUAGGAAGUUGCAAUUCCCUCGACACAGCUCACUGACAAACGUUGACCAUGCCUCAUAUCUUUCUGCGAGGUAUAGCGGUCAGGUGACCAGCCAAAGCUUGCAAAUUUUCCAACAAUUGCACCUGCUGGUCGUUGCUGAGCAAAAGGAGUUCAACGAAUGGCUAGCCAAAGAAAUGGCUGGCCAGCGUCCACUGGUGAACAAAGCCUUACUUCAGAUUGGCACAUCUCUGCUGGCUUCUAAACAAGAUGAAGCUAAUCUUCAAUCUUCAAAUGACACUUUUAGUCUACACAAGGAGCUGCCCAUGAAAAAGCCAGCGACUAGUGAAGUUCACUUGAAGCCUAUACAGCAUCUGUGUUCUUCAGGUCGAGUUGCUUCUUGCCAAAAAAUCAAUGAGGGAGCGAAUUUGAUACUUCAGCCAGAGUUAAAUUGUGUCAAAGUCAGCAGCAAGCUGAGAGACGACAAGGUGGCAGAAGGAUUGGCUUGCAAGCACUUUGCUGAUGUGAUCCUCAGCCCUGGUGUGGUUUUUGCGCUCAUCAAUGCUUCGGGGAAAGAAACAGAUGUACCGCUGACUGUUCGAAUUAUUAAAGAUGCUGAUGGAAGGGAGCGAAAACUUAUUGUGAUGGAUAAGCCCUUGCCCGCAAAGAGUCUUGGAGUCUAUAAGAAAAUGACCUGGGCUGCCAAAAAAGCUGCCAAGAGAGAAUUCUUAAGUUACAGAGAAAAAUACUUUGAUUUUACUAAAAUGAGUGUGGAGCAAUGCAAAUCAGAUUUCGCACAGGAUUUGGUCGACUACUCUGCUGCCAAGAGCGGCCAUGCAAACAGGAAUCAUGUCUACUCUCUGUGGUGCCUUGAGCAUAAAGUCGCCUCAAAAACAGCUGACUCAGCUUGGGGCCGACAAGGGUGCCCCAUUAAUCUUCUCGUUAGGUCCCAGUGUCACGGGUUUAUUGAAGGUGGGCCCGCAGAACCACCAAGGUUUGUACAAAUGGGAGUGAAGCUGGAGCGCAAACCUGAUUUGGGAGCUGAAGCCCUGGAUCUUGCUGAAUUCACUCAAGAUUGGGUGUCUAUGAUCUUGCGGCCCGAGGCAUUACUUCUCAGAACAAGAGUGGACGCCAAAACACUAAAGGUAGUCCAAGUUGAACACAAGGACCUCAAAGUGAUUACCAAAGAGGCUAGAGCAAAGGAAUUUGAUAGCGUUGCAACCUUAGGCGCCCUACAUUCGUUGCUGUCUGAGGUUAUGCAUCUGCAAGAGGGCAGAUUCCUGUUGAGAGUUAAUCCAAAGGGUGCUGUCGUCCAUGUUUACGGGCCUCCUUUGCCCAACCACACCUCUAUCAACCUGAGUCUUGAUUACAAAAGUCAAGAUGACAAGCUGGUAGUUGAGAAGGAACACAGCAUUCAAAUUGAUCCAGAGGUUGUCACUCCACUCUGCUUGAAACACCAAAGGAUCCCUGCUACGUUUCUUCCCAGAAAAGAGCCUAAGAGGUAUCGUAAGUCCAAAACCCGAUAUAAGAAGGGCAAGAAAGCUAAGUUGCAAGAUUAGCAGCCUGUUGCGACUGCAAGAAAUCUUUUGAAUGUGCUGAAGUCAUUCAUUUUGAUGAAUAAAAACACAAGGAAUUACAA